ACUCAACUUAUGGUCUUUUUAUUUGGUCCAGGACUUCAGCCCAUGUGAUAAUGCCACUCACAUUCACAACUCAGUUAAAUCAUUCUGGAAACAGCUCUGACACAGUUUGUUUUCUGGGUGCUUUAAAACCCAGUCAGGUUGAAAAGAAUGAUUAGCCAUGAUACCUCAACAACCAAAGUACUUGAGGUUUUCCUCUUAUUGAAAAUUAAGGGCUGGGGCCCAACAGGCAUCAAGUACCAAAGUUAAUGUUUGCCCAGCAACUAAAAGCAAAGUGUCUGUGGGAAGGCAGCCAGCAUCCAGAUCACAGUGUGCAUCUGUAGCCACCAGUGCCAAGGAUCUGGGAAACAGCCCGAGACAGAACCAAAGGAUUUGGGCUUGUUUGAGAAGUACAAACAUUUUCAGACAAAUGUAGUUAUUUCUUAAAACUAGCUUAGCUGAUUUCUAAUGACAAUGAGUUUCUUAUUCCUGGGAGUCUACUAAUUCAGUCUAAGUGGGGUUAGGCAGGGUCCUUGCUCCCAAAGCAAGGUAAAAUUUGACCCUCCUUUCAGCUUCCAGCUAGAUCAUUCUCAGUUCUAUCACUUUGCUCUGAAUUUCUUGGCCUAAACCUCUUUCUAGCCUGGGCCAAUUGCAAAGGAGGCCAAAAUGUAGCCUUCUAGUUGUGUGUCCCUGGCUCCAUUGCCAACUCUUCACUGCUUUCUUACAUCCCAGGUGAGCCAGGAAGCUAGCUGUCUACUCAGACAUUUACCUCCUACCAGGUAGCCUGUGGGUUCAAAAUAGGGUAAUGUUCUUUGGCUGGGGAGCAGACUAACCGAAUACAGCACCCAAACCAGCAGGUAAGGUUGGGGAGAGUCAAAACUGCCUCACCAAACUCAAUGUCCUGGGUUUGAAUGUCACUAAGUCUCACCUUCUGAGAAGAUAGUUGUAUUGGGUUCCAUGGAAACCCAAAAACCUUGUUCCUGAAGUUUCUUUCCACCCCAGACUUUGGUCUGAAGCCCUCAGUCAUUCUGUGGAAGGCGACUCCCAAACCCAGGCUUGGGGUGUGGGCCGAGGGUGAAACCCCGCCCUCGGGGUCUCUGAUCUUUGCUCCCGCCCCGGGCUCCACGCCUCCCGGAGAGGCACCGGCGGGCGGCGCUCCUUUUGUGUGUUUCUUUCCAAGGUGCAAGGACCCCCUCCCCAACCCCUGCCAGCUCAGGCAGACCUUCCCUAAAGUCCAGCCCUCUUAUCGGAGUCCUCAGCCCCCUGCCAGCUGGGGGGCGGGAGGGAUCAGAUCGCUUCCAGGAGGAGGGACAAGGUCGGUAGCCCCCUCCCUGGUGCGGGGCCUGAGCCCAGUGGAGAACAGGACCGCUACCGCCAGUCAUGUGGGCUGGGCUGGUGCUCCGUGUUGCCUUCAUCGUGAUCCUGUUGCUGGGGUCUUCAGCCCGAGGCUACACGGGGAGGAAGGCGCCUGGGCACUACUCUGCGGAGAGACGUCGUCUGGGCCCUCAUGUCUGCCUUUCCAGCUUUGGGAGUGGCUGCUGCCCUGGCUGGGCCCCUUCUAUGGGCGGUGGGCAUUGUACCUUGCCCCUCUGCUCCUUUGGCUGUGGGAAUGGCAUCUGCAUCGCCCCCAAUGUCUGCUCCUGCCAGGAUGGAGAGCAAGGGGCCACUUGCCCAGAACCCCAUGGAUCCUGCGGGGAGUAUGGAUGUGAUCUCACCUGUAACCAUGGUGGCUGUCAGGAGGUAGCCCGAGUGUGCCCCGUGGGUUUCUUGAUGACAGAGACAGCUGUUGGUAUCCGGUGUGCAGACAUUGACGAGUGUUUAAGCUCAUCUUGUGAGGGCCACUGCGUGAACACGGAAGGGGGAUUCGUGUGUGAAUGUGGGCCAGGCAUGCAGCUGUCUGCUGAUCGUCAUAGCUGCCAAGACACUGAUGAAUGCCUGGGAACUCCCUGCCAGCAGAGAUGUAAGAACAGCAUCGGCAGCUAUAAGUGCUCCUGCCGUGCUGGCUUCCACCUCCACGGCAACCGACACUCCUGUAUAGAUGUAAAUGAGUGCCGGCGACCACAGGAGAAGCGAGUCUGUCAGCACACCUGUCACAACACCGUGGGCAGUUUCCUGUGCACCUGCAGACCUGGCUUCAGGCUUCGAGCUGACAGGGUGUCCUGUGAAGCUUUCCCGAAGGCCGUUCUGGCCCCAUCCGCCAUCCUGAGGCCCCGGCAGCACCCUGCUGAGAUGUCCCUGCUUCUUCCCGAGGCAGGCAGGCUUGCUCUGUCCCCAGGACACAGCCCUCCUCCAGGGCCUCCAGGAUACCCCACUGGAGUCAGAACAACCCGUCAGCCGUCGACCACCCUGGCCCUACCCACGUUCUUUCCUGCACGGUUGCUAUCCACCCCAGUACCAAGUUCCUCCCUACUGGGGACCCCUGGACCCCCCUCACUCCUCCAGGGGGAGGCAAUAGGAACUCCUUCCUCACCCAGGGGCCCUGAAGGUCCAAGGCUGGGAACAGGGCUCUCUCCCUGCCGACACCUGGGAGUCACCUAUGAAUCAGGGAGCCUCUGGAGCCAGCCUGGGUGUUCUCCGUGCUUAUGCCAGGAUGGAGAGGUGACCUGUGGAGAAGUGAGGUGUGAUGCUACUUGCUCCCAUCCGAUUCCUCCCAGAGAUGGGGAGUGCUGCCCUUCUUGCACCGGCUGCUUUCACAGUGGCGCCGUCAGAGCAGAAGGGGAUGUGUUUUCACCUCCUGAGGAGAACUGCACUGUGUGUGUCUGUCUGGCUGGAAAUGUUUCUUGUAUCUCCCCGGAGUGUCCCCCUGGUCCCUGCAAGGCUUCCCCACAGUCAGAUUGCUGUACAUGUGUCCCAGGGAGAUGCUAUUUCCAUGGCCGAUGGUACACGGACGGGGCUGUGUUCAGUGGGGGUGGUGACGAAUGUACCACGUGCGUCUGCCAGAAUGGGGAGAUAGAGUGUUCCUUCACACCAUGUCCAGAACUGGAGUGCCCCCGAGAGGAGUGGUGGCUGGGCCCAGGACAAUGCUGUUUUACCUGUCGGGAGCCCACACCCACCACAGGCUGCUCUCUCGAUGACAACGGGGUUGAGUUUCCGAUUGGACAGAUCUGGUCACCUGGUGAUCCCUGUGAGUUAUGCAUCUGCCAGGCAGAUGGCUCUGUGAGCUGCAAAAGGACAGACUGUGUGGACUCUUGCCCUCACCCCAUCCGGAUCCCUGGACAGUGCUGUCCUGACUGUUCAGCAGGCUGCACCUACACAGGCAGAAUCUUCUACAACAACGAGACCUUCCCGUCAGUGCUCGACCCCUGCCUGAGCUGCAUCUGCCUGCUGGGCUCGGUGGCCUGUUCACCUGUGGACUGUCCCAUCACCUGUACCUACCCCUUCCACCCAGAUGGCGAAUGUUGCCCUGUAUGCCAUGACUGUAACUUCGAAGGGAGAAAGGUGAUGAAUGGUCAGGUGUUCGCCUUGGAUGAUGAGCCCUGUACCCGAUGCAUCUGCCAGCUAGGAGAGGUGAGCUGUGAGAAGACGCCCUGCCAGCCAGUGUGUUCUGACCCCUCCUGCCCAGAUUCCCUGUUUCCUCCGGAAGAAAAGCAACAACCCUCCCCUCACGGAGACCUCGUCAAAGCUGCUCGGAGCCCCCGUGGAGACACGGAAGUCCCUGUCAACUGUAGCUCCUGCCAAGGGCCCCCAUCGGCAUCACCUGCAAGGCCCAUGUUCCAGCUCCUGCAGCUGAUUUUAAGAACAAACCUGUCCAAUGUACUGACUGCAACCCCAGGCCUGCCGGCAACCCAGACCUCAUCCUCAUCCCUGUUGGAGCCAGAGGGCCCAUUUCUUGGGGCUCCUGGAGCCUCCCAGCCUCUUGAGCCCUCAGUGGAAUCUUCUGUCUCUCCUGGACCCUCCGCUCUACCUCCAACCAUUCCAGGGACCUCUUGGUCACCUGUCACCCCAGAGAGCUCUUCUUCAACCUUUGGGGCUCCGGUAGCGUUCCAGUGGCCCCUGUCUGCCACCCACUUGACUGAGGCGAAAGCACCUUCAACAACUAAUCCUGUUCUCUCAGAGACCCUCACCACCCCCUCAAGGCCUCAAAGACUCUCUCCAGCUCUCCAGGACGCUUCCAACCCUGUUCUCCAAGAGCCCACAACAGACACCUCAGAGAAGGAAGAGCCUACCACCUGAGGGGGUACCAAGCAGGGGACAUGCCAGACAGAGCUCUCUACCAAUGGCCUUGUGUGUCUGACCUCCCCCCACCCCGGGUAAACCCAGUCAGGUGCGGAGAAGAUCGUAGAGUGUGACGGUCUAUCCAUAAGUCAAGGAGAGAAGCAGCAGAGGAAAUAGCCCAAACACCCCCUGACUUUAGAGUUUUAGCCUCCAGAAUUGUGAGAACGUAAAUUUCUGUUUAGCCCCACCCUUGUCUAUGGUAUUGGUUCCAUGAUACAUGUAAGUCAGUCAUGAUACAUGGCCCUGGUACAUGAAGUCAGCAGUGCCCACUCUUGCUCAGGCAGAGAGCCAUGCCUAGUGUGUUCCUGUCACUGCACACUCUGGACACUGAUGUCACACAACAUCUCUGUCAUUAUGCUUUGUUUUCAACGCUGAUUUCAUGUUUUGUUCAUUCCAAGACAUGUUCAGAACAUACAUUAUGUCCCCAUCUCUAAUUUAAACGCUGGGCUGCUAACUCUCUUUCCUCCCAAGCUCACAGUCCAGGGCAGGGGACAGUUGCUCAGAAGGUAAAUGCACUUUAGAGCGUGAAAUGGGGACAGUGAGGGCGGGGGCAGGGAUGGGCGAGGGAGGGCUGAAGCUUUCUCCCUUCUGUUUUCCAUGUGGCCCACACUCAGCACUUUCACAGCACAAGAUGACUUCCGGUUUCUAAUUCUCUGCUUUUAGAAUCUGGGUAGGAGUGGGGGGGGUUGCUUCCAAUUUUUCCUGUUGUGUUUGUAGGUGCCCUGGGAAAAAAAAAUUAACGUCAACAAAUAAAUUAUAGCUAAUAAAUAAGUAAAUAAAUACA